CUUCUUCUUCUUCUUCUUUUAUAAGGCACACUCUCUGGUUCAAGUUUCUUUCUCUCUAUUUCUCUCUUUCCUUCUCAUAUGGUUUCUUAAUUCACACAAAACGCAUUUGGGUCAUUCAUUGCGUGCAUUCUUUAAAUCUUUUCAACCAAGUUUUUUGAAUCGAUCUUCAAUUCUCUUCUUCCUUUCAAUCGAUUUUUGGAAUCCUCUGUUAUUUUGUGUUUUCUUUGAUCCGAUAUUGUAUUAUCAACAACCUCCAUUCAAUUUAGUGUUCUUGGGAAAAGAUUCCGAGUCUUGUUUUACAAAAGAACUCUGAGUUUAAAGAAUUUGCACCCCUUUUCUUUUAAACAGCCAUUUUCGUCGGCUGGAGUUUAAAGAAAUCGAUUUAAUCUUCUUUUGUUCUUGUGGGUUGAGUUCUUUUUACUCAUUUUAGAGCAAUUUGGGGUUUCCCAUUAUAAUCUUUGUGAUUUCCUCCGUUUUCCGUUGAUACUAAACGGAGGGGUCUUCUUUUGGGUUAUAGAUAUAGAAAUGUUGGGAACUGCGUUGCAGUUUGGGGGAAUCAAAGGUGAGGAUCGGUUUUAUAUUCCGGUAAGGGCAAGAAAGAAUUAUAAUCAGCAAAAGCCUUCGAGGAGACCUACCAAGACCGAUGAAACUGAGAGCCUAUCGAGUAAAGUUGUGGGUUGUACUACAAAGCCUUGCGAGGAAUUAACUCCUCAGUCUAAGAGCAACUUAGAGAGAUUCUUGGAAGCCACAAGGCCUUCAGUUCCAGCGCAGUACUUCUCUAAGACAACUAUGAGGGAUUGGAGAACUUGUGAUAUUGAGUUUCAACCUUAUUUCAUUCUGAAUGAUCUGUGGGAGUCUUUCAAGGAGUGGAGUGCAUAUGGUGCUGGAGUUCCUUUAGUGCUUGAUGGAGGUGACUCUGUUGUUCAAUAUUACGUUCCAUAUUUGUCUGGUAUCCAAAUAUAUGGCGAAGCUGCUGCAUUGAGAUCAGAUUCUAACGUCAGGCUGGCUUGUGAGGACAGUGAUCUUGAUUCUUCUAGAGAUACAAGCAGUGAUGGAAGCAUUGAUUAUGAUUUAGGAAAAAGCUUUAACCUUUCUAGAGAACAGUGGGAUCAUCCCCAUUUAGCUUGUGAAAACAUGCCGAAAAUGAGAAAGACGUCUUUAACCGAUGAACGUAAAAUGGUACAAGAAGGUUUUUUGAGUGAUGAUGGGGAUGCAGGAUAUCCUCGGAGUGGUUUGCUCUUUCAGUUUCUUGAGCAAGAUCUUCCUUAUCAACGUGUACCAUUGGCUGAUAAAAUAUUUGAACUUGCUUACCAAUUUCCCGGUUUGAAAACUUUAAGAAGUUGUGAUAUCCUGCCAGCCAGUUGGGUCUCUGUAGCGUGGUACCCUAUAUACCGUAUACCCACGGGUCCGACCUUAAAAGAUUUGGAUGCAUGCUUUUUAACAUACCACUCCCUUUCCACACCCAAAAAAGGUAAUAGACAUAGCCUGCCACCAGUAAUGGUAUAUCCCAAGGACAUCGAUGAUAUUACAAAGAUCUCCUUGCCUGUUUUUGGAAUGGCUUCUUAUAAGCUAAAAGGAUCAAUAUGGGGGCAAAAUGGCAUCAACGACCAUCAAAAAGCAAAUUCUCUCAUGCAGGCAGCAGAUAAGUGGUUGAGGAGCCUUCAGGUUCUCUUUUUCUCAAAUUAAAUUUUAUCGUUGUCAUCACAUAAAUGUCAGGUACGCUUUCCUUAAAAUUUCACAUCAUUAUUGUAAAUCAUUAUUGUAAAGUUGAUAAAAUAUGAAAAACAAAUAAGUUGUGGAUGACAUGAGAAAGAUGGUGAGCAUUAAUCAUCCCAAUAUUAUAUCUUUGCCAUUUGUAUCUUUGUUGAUAAUUAUAUUAGGUUAAAGUGGAAUUAGUGCAAUAAAUACAAUAUCCAUAAUGUAAAGUUGUUUGUGGAGCACUAAUGGCACUAACCAAUUUAGGAGUAUCAAUGGUGGGACGGACUUAUCUCCUCUCAUAGAAAAUAAUCUCUUCAUUUGUUACAUUGUAAAUUAAAAUGUUCAUAAUCAUAAACACGAUGAUGAAACAGACUAACAACCCAAUUAGAAGAGCCAAAUUACCAAAGUAUUAGUUGUGCAUUACAUAUUAUUAUUCAACAAAACACAAACAUAAAACGGAGCAGUUUGCACACAAGAAGACACAUAGAACACAAAAGAAGGAUUGGUGAUGAGAAACAGUACACAGACACACAAUCAAGCAGGCAAUUAUGAAAUAGAUGAUUGUUCAGCAAUUUGGGAAAGGAGUUCCACAAUCAUUAGCUACUUUUCUUGCAUUUGGGGAACUAACAAAGCUCUUAAGGAAAGGGUUUUUGAGGUAACCACAGAGACAGGGCUUUUGCUCUUUGAUCUUGCUGCAACAUUGGCUUGAUGGUGGAGUCCCUGAUACGAUUGAGUUCAUACAAGAACUCAUUUGCAUCGGAUUGCAUGCCACUUGAUCUGCUCCUUCCACCAUUACUUCAUUUGAGUUUGAUAUCAAUAAUAUCGCUCCUACUAUCAUUAAGAUCGACCCAAUUCUUGAUGUCUUCAUCUUUUCUUUUAGUACUCUUCUUGAUAUGAUUCUUUGGGUUUCUGUCUGUGGG